AAAAAGUUGGGAGGGGUGUGGGUGGGGUGUGGGUGUGAUAUACCCAUUGUUAGCGUUUGUAAGAGGUCUGGAAACUACUUCAAUCUCUUUUCGACUUCCGUUUGCUUUAUUUCCGGUAUGUCCGGUAACUCAGCUGAAAGUCACGUGAAGACCUGAGUAAAAUGGAGGAGAGCUCCAUCUUUUAGUAGUGGGACAAAUAGCUUAACUAUGUCAGAAUUACUCUUUAAAGUGAUUAUUAUAGGUGAUGCUACUGUUGGAAAAACAAGCUUUGUUCAACGUUACGUGCAUAAUCACCCGAGGAGGGAAUAUAAACCAACCGUAGGAGUGGAUUUUGCUUUAAAAGUCAUAAGAUUGUCAGAUGACACUACUGUAAGGCUUCAGUUAUGGGACAUUGCUGGUCAGGAAAGAUUUACAUCCAUGACAAGAGUUUACUACAAAGGAGCUGCAGCCUGCGUUAUCAUGUUCGAUCUCACUAGUCAACAGACAUUUAAUAGUACAAUCAAAUGGAAGAGAGAUCUGGAUAAAAAAUGCACACUACCCAAUGGAAAGACGAUCCCAUGUAUUUUAGUAGGAAAUAAAAGUGACUUAGCAACAAGGCCUGUUGAAAAAGAGGCAAUUGACAGAAUGUGCCGAGAGAAUGCGUUCCUAGGUUGGACAGAAAUGUCUGUCAAGGAAGAUAUUAAUGUCACAGAAACAAUGGACUACUUAUUAACAGAACUGAUGGACAACUACAGAAAAGAUGAAGAAAAAGAUGUACAAAACAAAACAGGGGCUGAGCAAGGAGGAUUUAUUGAACUCACCAGCCACAAGACAGCAAAAGAAAAUACUGGCAAAUUGUCCUGUUGUUCAAGUUCAUAGGAUGAUGAAAAACCUCUCUCAGUGUCCAGUUUGCUUUGUUGACAGUUCAGUUCUCCUUUCUGACCUCCAUUUAUUAAUUCUGUGUAACAAUUAUAUUAUGAGCUCAAGAUUUCUAUCAUGUGUAGAGAUUGAGAGCAAAUUAGCUAAUUGUUUUAGUAUAAAUCUACUAGUCGUUUCAAAACUUUAUUUAAAUUCUCUUCACAGACACUUUGAAAAUGUAAGGAAGCGGCCCCAACAUUAAGCUACUCAUUAUCUACAACAAUAGAUAGUGUAAGUAGUUAGCCAAUCAGAGAACAGCAUUCGUGAUAGAAUGCUAGUAUAAGAUUGAUACUAAUUAGUUGGUAGAAUUUGAUGGUUUAAAUGGAAAAUCAACCCUUUGGCCCAAUGAUAUACAUAUUAGCCUAAAAGAUCUCAUUACGGGUCGUCUCCAUACACUUCUUAUUUUUAAUAGUCCUAAUUGGAAGAUUUUAAGGAAUAUAUGUAUCAACGCCCUAGCUCUGUUUUCCUCUACAAAUUCUCCUUACAGGUCUCCAUUCAUUCCUUAUAGUGCUAGUUGAGAGAAUAUAAUGAUGUAGUAACCUUUUAAGCCCCUAAAGUCAGCAUAAAAAUUCUCUCUGUUA